UUUAAAAAGAGAGAAAUGUUCUGCUGUAAGCCAAAGAGGAGAGAGUAUGACGUAGCAGUGGAGGAGGAAAUUGAUAAAGAGAGAAAUAAAGAUUCACAUGUUGAUACGGAUAAAGAUGGUAAAGAUAAUGUUAAUGAUAUUGAAUCUCCUAUUGAAGUGACUGUUACUGAAGUGACAGAGUCUGAAUUGAAAACCAGUCCCGAACAAAAUGGCAGUGUUAAGAAAACUGAGAACCAGACUGGGGAAGGGGAAACAGGGGAGAAAGCUCAAGUGGAGGAAAAAGAUUCAGAAAAGGUAGAUAAAAAGAGUCCUACUUAUAUGUCACAAAAGAGUGAAGAAAUAGGGGAAAAGAAAAAUCCGAGGUAUACGUCUCAAAUGAGCGUAACUAGCUCUUUAAGCAUACGUGAAGAAAUAAAUCGUAGUAGGGAACAAUUUUUUUCUAAUUCGUCUCUAAAUGACUUUAACUUGCAGGAAGAGAUAAGCAAAAGAUAUUCGGCAACCGAGGAAAAGUUUGCAGAACAUCAACGAAAAGUUCGACAAUUACGUGCACAGCGUGAACUAGAAGAAAACGUCAUGUCAGCAGAACAAAUGCAGCAGGCGGUCAGUCGUCUUGAGGCUGUAGCGGCAAGGCUCGAAUCGUUGGCAGUCACAGGUGUGAAAUCAGGCAGUCCAUCAGCACCAGCUUCAUCAGGCCCUGAUGUAGCAGCCCCAUUUGUAAAGGCUUUCGAUGCUGUCCUGGCAGGAGAAUUUGCCAAGUAUAUGACCCUUAGCGCUAAGAUUGGUGGUGACGUUGAAACCCAGGCCAAUAUGGUAAAAGCUUCCUUUCAGAGUUUGAGGGAUUUCCUUGUAAUUGCCUCAAAAAGCAAGAAACCUGCUCAGAACGUCUUGUCAGAGUUGCUUAGUCCACUUUCCCAGCAUAUCACAGCCAUUCAGGAAUUUAGAGAGAAGAAUAGGACUAGUCCUAACUUUAACCAUCUAUCAGGUAUCUCUGAAUCUAUACCUGCUCUUGGAUGGGUCGCUGUGGAGCCGACCCCAGGACCUUACGUGAAAGACAUGCAAGAUGCUGGUAUGUUUUACACUAAUAGAGUGGUCAAGGAAUAUAAAGAAAAAGAUCAGACUCAUGUUGACUGGACUAAAGCAUGGAAUGGAACCCUGAGAGACUUGAUUACCUACAUAAAAGAUGACCAUACAACUGGGGUAUCCUGGAACCCUCAGGGAGGAGAUGCAGCAGCUGCCAGCAAACCUGCAGCCGGUGGAGCACCACCCCCACCCCCAGGUCCACCUGCCCCACCACCCCCACCUCCCGCAUCAGCACCGGCGCCCUCUGGUGGGGGUGGAGGAGAUGAUACUCAUGCAGCUCUAUUUGCAGAAAUUAACAGAGGAACUGCCAUAUCAUCUGGAUUAAAGAAGGUCUCUGAUGACAUGAAGACUCACAAGAACCCUGCCCUCCGAGCUGGAAGCACAGUUACUAGUUCCACUGGGGUUCGAGCCGGUCCAGCUCCAUUUAAGGCAACUGCUCCUAAAACAGCGCCGAAACCAGGAAGUAAACCUACAGCCGCUCCUGCCGCUAAACCACCAGUGUUUGAGCUCCAGGACAAAAAGUGGAUAGUGGAAUAUCAAGUGGGAAAUAAGUCACUAAUCAUCGAAGAUACAAACAUUAAGCAAGCAGUGUAUAUCUUUAAAUGUCAGGAUAGUACAGUACAAGUAAAAGGAAAAGUCAACUCCAUUAUUUUAGAUAGUUGUAAAAAGGUAGCAGUUGCUUUUGACAGUGUAGUAUCUUCAGUAGAAUUUGUCAACUCACAGAGUGUGCAGGCACAGGUAAUGGGAAAGUGCCCUACAGUUAGUAUAGACAAGACCGAUGGGUGCAUGAUGUACCUCAGUAAAGACUCGCUAGACGCUGAGAUAGUCACAGCAAAAUCUUCCGAGAUGAAUAUCUUAGUCCCAAAAGAGGAUGGUGACUUUGUGGAAUUCCCUCUACCAGAACAAUUCAAGAGCGUUUGGAACGGCAAAAAGUUUACAACUGAUUGUACCGACAGUGUCUGAGAACUAGUGCAGCAAAAAAACUUAAAAACUUGCCUCGUUAUUUUCUACUUUUCUGUGCUUUCAUUCCAUGAUGUUUAAUGUUACAGACAUUUUUCAAUGAAGAACAAUGCUUGAUAUUUUGUAUACAUGUUUAACGUACAGAUGUAAACUUAUUCUUUUUUCCUACUAUAUGAGUUAUGAACAAAAAUUAUACAAGUUAUGUUUGAUUUAUAGAAAAAAAAGGAAAUGAAAAAGAUACAUUGUUUUAAUGCAGCAUGCAUCCAGAUUUAUGUUAAUUUUUAUGUAAAUUUUUUUAAAUGUUUUAUAAAGUAAAUUAUAGUCAAAUAAACAAAGAAAGUGAUUUACAUGUUUCAAGAGGCACUAAUAAAACCUGUGAAAAUAUACCAAAAAUAUGUCAGAAUAAGCAAGAAAAAAAAAACCCUCAUUGCUUUAGUCACACAUAUGGUGAUAAAUACUUUCAAAAUCAGUUACUAGUUGCAUAUAAUAUGUAAAAAAUUCCUUGAAUUUUAAAUAUUUUACUUUUCUUAAAAUUUCUCAAGACUGAUUUUCUUGAAAUAAAUUGGUUCUUUAAUAGAAACUGUUACUAUGGUAUGAGUUGUUAAAUUACAUAGGCAAUAAUCAUGAUUGUAUAUGUCAGUUUCAUAAGAAUUUUUAACUGUCAUAUGCACAGCUUAUUAUGAUUCUGUCAUAUCUUAUAUAUAAAGUAAGUAUAACAAAAUUUCAUUAAGCUCUUAAAUAAGUGUGUUUUUGUUGAAAAAUGCAUGACAGCCAAAAAGUGUCAUAAACGCUUGUUUGUAAAGCUUGUUCAAAAAAAAUUUUUUUUCCCCAAAAAUUGCAUCAUGCAAGUUAUUACACUUAUAUAUAUUUAAGAAAAGAAAUUUGUGUACUGUUUGUUGUUAAUUAAUUAAACAAGUUAAUUAAAUAAGUUAUUGGUAUGGAAGAAGCAUAUAAUGAGUUUCUUAAUUUCUUGCACGAAAAAUCUUAGAUUGAAGAACACCAAAUUUGAUAUUUUAUGAUAUUCUAUACUCUUGAACACCUGAGAAUAAGAUUUUUUUUUUUAUUUUCUUGACUAACAAUAAAGUACUACAAUCACCAAUAAGUUGGGCUC